AUGCCCGAGCUGCAGCCCGUCGCCGGCAGCUUCCGGCAGCGCCAGCGGCUGGCCGACAAGACCACAGGGCUGGUGAAGCAGCACAGCCGCACGAGGGCGGCGGCGAAGACCAUCUCGGCGAUCGACGAGUUCGAGGAGAGGCUGCGGAGGGCUCAGGAGGAUGCGCUCGUGGGCAUCUCCGACGACGACUUCCCCCCGAGCGCCGACGCCCUCGCCCGCGGCCGGCACGGACGGAGCAGCGGGCACCUCCUGCAGAGCGCAGGCCAGACGACCCUGGGCCGCAACGCCACCGGCCGCGAGACUCGCCGGAGCAGCGCCAGCAGCGCUAGCAGCUGCCGCAGCCCGGGGAGGAGCGCCAAGGAGCUUGCGCGGGCGUUCAGCGAGGGCGCGGUGGCGCUCGACGUGGACGUGCGCCGCGCCCCGCGCCCGCCCUCGCCGCUGGGGAUGUACAACUACGGCUCCAUCUCGUCAAAGCCGCGGUCCCUGCUGGCGCAGCGCGGCAAGCCCUCCGGCGACACCUCCCGGCCGAAGUACCGGCAGACCUCGAACGGGUUCUACUUUCCCGGCGCGGGCUUGAGGCAGGGCCCGUACGGCUUCAGCAUGAUCGAGCCAAUCCACAUGACCCAGCACAGCUGGGCGGAGAGCGCUGGCCUCCCCACGCGCUGGGCGGGCGACGCGGGCGACGCGCGCCCCGCGCAGCCCGGCAAACACCAGGCGCGCAGCCACCAGGACGCGCCCACGCUCUCCCAGACGGUGCGGCCUUCGCGGGCGCACGACCUGCGGGCGCGCCGCGUCUUCGACGUGCUCGACAAACGCCGCGAGGAGACCUUUCUGGAGAAGAUCUGCUUCGAGCGGGGCGUCUUCGAAGGCAAGUGGACCGACCCGCUGCUCGACGGGGGCGCGGCGGUGCUGCUGCCGGACCCGGAGGAGAAGCACGACUACCUCCAGUCCGAGCGCGACGACGAGGUGGCGGCGAAGCGGAACGCGUCGCGGAUCCUCUUCGGCCUGGAGAGGGCCAUGCGGGAGGGGCGCGGCAACCUCCAGAACCUCUUCCGGGCGGUGAACAAGAACACGCCCAAUGUGCUGGAGACGGAUGAACUACUGGCUGGCAUCAUCCGCCUCGGCAUCGUGCAGCCAGGCGAGCUGGCCAUCAGCGACGUCGUCGAGGCCAUGCUGGUCAUCGACCCAGCCUUCGAUGGCCGGGUGAACUUCCCUGUGCUGUCCCACGCCCUGGCCGCGACACAGCGCGUGCACAAGCAGAAGGUCAGCGCGCAGGAGAUGGCCGCCAGGCAGGAUCAGCACAUCGAGCACAACACCUACCACUCGUCUCUUCCGGUCGACGUGGUAAAGGUGGACUGGCGCUCCAGGUCGCUCUUCGACUUCGAGAGGGACUUCGAGAAGUUCAGGCACCAGCAGCGCACGCUCCUCGCGCAGCACAACGAGGCCUCGCGCGAGUGA